CCACGCUGGCCGCUCCAAGGCAGGGCACAAAGGAGACCGGUGCCAUGAAGACUUGGGUGGUAAUACUCCUGCUGGCUACAGCUUUAGGGUCGCCCGUCCCCGAUGACGAUGACGACUGUGAAGGGUACACAGUGAGGUAUUCCACCUCUGACAGUGAUGGCAGUUCUUCUUCAUCUUCCAGUUCAUCUUCUUCAACUUCCUCCGCCGACGGUGGUGGAGCCUCUUCUUCCGUCGACAUUUCGAAACCUUCUCUGACUGUUGUUUCUUACACUGUUCCAAAAGCGGAAGCUGCUGCUCCAUCUGUUUCAGCUCCUGCUCCGAAGGUGGAAGUGGAUGACGGUCCAUCUGUUCAGGAAGCCACUGCUCAGUUCAUGGCUACAUGGAGGGCUGCUUCUGCUGCUGCCACAGCUGCUGCUAAAGCUGCUCCCGAUGUCAACAUUAUCAUGGGAGCAAGUCGAUUCAGACAGCCACAUGCCCCAAGAACACAUGCCGCUGCUGCUUAUUCUGCAUCCUACUCUGCUGGACCACGCGGACCAGUGGGUCCAACCCCAGAGGUGCAGAAAGCUACUGCUGAAUUCAUGGCUGCAUGGAACCAGGCAGCAGCGAGGGCUGCCAAGAUUGAAGCUACCCUCGUGAGAGCCACUCCAACUGGUGCCUUCACCGUACAGAUGCCUCAGCAGGUCCAGGUAACUGAAGAGGUAAGAAGAGCCACAGAAGAGUUCAUGGCUGCCUACAACAAGGCUGCCCAGCGAGCAGUCACUGUAGAAUCUGCAGCACUUGCUCUCCCAAGACCAGUCCAGCCAACAGCUGCAGUGCAGCGUGCUACAGCUUCCUUCAUGGCUUCCUUUGAGGCUGCUGCCAGGCAGGCAUCCGCCAUCAGGCAAGCCGUGACAUACUCAGCAGGAGCUCCUUCACCAGUGCAGCCUACUGAUGAGGUCAGAAGGGCAACAGAACGAUUCAUGGCAGCCUGGAAUCAGGCCGCGGCCAGAGUUCGCAGCAUUCAGCCAACCAUCUACCAGGUGGCAGGAGCCGCUCCUGGCGAAGCACCCAGGGUUGUGGAUGGAGUUCCCCAGUUCACUGUUGCACAGGAAAGAGCCUCUGCUGAGUUCAUGAAGAUCUGGAAGGCUGCUGCUGCUGCUGCACAGGCUGCUCCUGACGUCAACAUCAUUAUGGGAGCUACACAAUAUGGACAACCAGCUGCUCCAGCACCAGCUGCUCCUCGUGCCCCUGUUGCUGCGACCUAUUCUGCUGGACCACGCGGACCUGUUGGACCUACCCCAGAGGUGCAGAAGGCUACUGCUGAGUUCAUGGCUGCCUGGAACCAGGCAGCAGCGAGGGCUGCCAAGAUUGAAGCGACCUGUAAAACCACUCCAUCUGGUGCUUUCACCGUACAGAUGCCUCAGCAGGUCCAGGUAACUGAAGAGGUAAGAAGAGCCACAGAAGAGUUCAUGGCUGCCUACAACAAGGCUGCCCAGCGAGCAGUCACUGUAGAAUCUGCAGCACUUGCUCUCCCAAGACCAGUCCAGCCAACAGCUGCAGUGCAGCGUGCUACAGCUUCCUUCAUGGCUUCCUUUGAGGCUGCUGCCAGGCAGGCAUCCGCCAUCAGGCAAGCCGUGACAUACUCAGCAGGAGCUCCUUCACCAGUGCAGCCUACUGAUGAGGUCAGAAGGGCAACAGAACAAUUCAUGGCAGCCUGGAAUCAGGCCGCGGCCAGAGUUCGCAGCAUUCAGCCAACCAUCUACCAGGUGGCAGGAGCCGCUCCUGGUGAAGCACCCAGGGUUGUGGAUGGAGUUCCCCAGUUCACUGUAGCACAGGAAAAAGCCUCUGCUGAGUUCAUGAAGAUCUGGAGGGCUGCUGCUGCUGCUGCUGAAGCUGCUCCUGAUGUCAACAUCAUUAUGGGAGCUAGCCGAUACAGACAACCAGCUGCCCCAGCACCCGCUGCUCCAGCACCAGCUCCAGCACCAGCUGCUCCUCGUGCUCCUGUUGCUGUUACCUAUUCUGCUGCACCACCAAAGCCAGUGGGACCUACCCCAGAGGUGCAGAAGGCUACUGCUGAGUUCAUGGCUGCAUGGAACAUGGCAGCAGCGAGGGCUGCCAAGAUUGAAGCUACCCUCGUCAAAUCUACUCCAACUGGCGCCUUUACCGUGCAGAUGCCCCAACAGGUCCAGGUAACUGAAGAGGUAAGAAGAGCCACAGAAGAGUUCAUGGCUGCCUACAACAAGGCUGCCCAGCGAGCAGUCACUGUAGAAUCUGCAGCACUUGCUCUCCCAAGACCAGUCCAGCCAACAGCUGCAGUGCAGCGUGCUACAGCUUCCUUCAUGGCUUCCUUUGAGGCUGCUGCCAGGCAGGCAUCCGCCAUCAGGCAAGCCGUGACAUACUCAGCAGGAGCUCCUUCACCAGUGCAGCCUACUGAUGAGGUCAGAAGGGCAACAGAACAAUUCAUGGCAGCCUGGAAUCAGGCCGCGGCCAGAGUUCGCAGCAUUCAGCCAACCAUCUACCAGGUGGCAGGAGCCGCUCCUGGUGAAGCACCCAGGGUUGUGGAUGGAGUUCCCCAGUUCACUGUAGCACAGGAAAGAGCCUCUGCUGAGUUCAUGAAGAUCUGGAGGGCUGCUGCUGCUGCUGCUCAAGCUGCUCCUGAUGUCAACAUCAUUAUGGGAGCUAGUCAACUCAGACAGCCAGCCGCUCCACGAGCUCCAGCACCUGUAGGCUAUGCUGCACCAGCACCUGCUGCCCCAGCCCCAGCAGCUCCCCGAGCUCCUGCUGCUGUGAGUUAUUCUGCUGCACCACCCAUGCCUGUGGGACCUACCCCAGAGGUGCAAAGAGCUACUGCUGAGUUCAUGGCUGCAUGGAACCAGGCAGCAGCGAGGGCUGCCAAGAUUGAAGCUACCCUCGUGAGAGCCACUCCAACUGGUGCCUUCACCGUACAGAUGCCUCAGCAGGUCCAGGUAACUGAAGAGGUAAGAAGAGCCACAGAAGAGUUCAUGGCUGCCUACAACAAGGCUGCCCAGCGAGCAGUCACUGUAGAAUCUGCAGCACUUGCUCUCCCAAGACCAGUCCAGCCAACAGCUGCAGUGCAGCGUGCUACAGCUUCCUUCAUGGCUUCCUUUGAGGCUGCUGCCAGGCAGGCAUCCGCCAUCAGGCAAGCCGUGACAUACUCAGCAGGAGCUCCUUCACCAGUGCAGCCUACUGAUGAGGUCAGAAGGGCAACAGAACGAUUCAUGGCAGCCUGGAAUCAGGCCGCGGCCAGAGUUCGCAGCAUUCAGCCAACCAUCUACCAGGUGGCAGGAGCUGCUCCUGGCGAAGCACCCAGGGUUGUGGAUGGAGUUCCCCAGUUCACUGUUGCACAGGAAAGAGCCUCUGCUGAGUUCAUGAAGAUCUGGAGGGCUGCUGCUGCUGCUGCACAGGCUGCUCCUGACGUCAACAUCAUUAUGGGAGCUACACAAUAUGGACAGCCAGCUGCUCCAGCACCAGCUCCUGUUGCUUACUCUGCCCCAGCACCUGCUGCUCCUCGUGCCCCUGUAGCUGUGACCUAUUCUGCUGCUCCAGCAGGACCUGUGGGACCUACUGCGGAGGUGCAGAGGGCUACUGCUGAGUUCAUGGCGGCUUGGAAUGCAGCUGCUAAGACCGCUGCACAAAUUCCAGCUGUUAUCGGUCCUGAUGGAGUUCAGGAAACCGCUGCAGUCAGGCAAGCAACGCAGGACUUUAUGGCUGCAUGGAAUGCUGCUGCUCGACGAGGAACUGUUGUUGAACAAGCUAUCACUUCCUUCCCCGUGCAGGUCCAGGCUACUCCCGAAGUUCAAAAGGCUACAGCAGAAUUCAUGACUGCAUGGCGUUCUGCAGCUGAACGGGCAUCACAAAUCAAAUACACUGUUUCCGCAACACCAUAUUCUGCACCUAGGCCAGUUCAACCAGCAGCAGAUGUUCAAAGGGCUACAGAAGAGUUCAUGGCCCUUUGGAACGAGGCAGCUGCCAGAGUUCCUAAAAUCGAGACCACCCUCUAUACUAUUGCUGGCACUCAUCAUCCAGGUCCCGCUCCCGUGCCCGUUUCAGAAACACCUGAGGUGAAGGCAGCACGGGAAGCCUUUAUGGCAAAGUUCCGCGCUGCUGAGAGUGCAGCUCUCCGCGCCUCCACAGCGCGAGGAGUGUUACCAGCACCAGCAGUAAUUACCGCACCUGCGGUCAUGUACAAUGUUCCCCCCCACGGUCUCGCUGACCGUAUCUUUGCUCCCUAUCCUGGUCAGCCCAUUUACCUAAAGGACUGCCAGUAAUUUCAAUUUCCUGAAACAGAAUGACCGACCACAACUUUUUGAUGGAAGAUUAUGUUUCUAAGUAUGUGUUAAUGUAAGUGUAAAUAAAGGGAAGCAAAUCCGGAAGAGUGA